AUGACUCGGAAGAAGGUGAAGUUGGCGUACAUCGCCAACGACUCGGCUAGAAAGGCGACGUACAAGAAGCGCAAGAAGGGCUUGAUCAAGAAGGUGAGCGAGCUAAGCACGCUAUGCGGGAUCGAAGCGUGCGCCAUCAUCUACAGCCCCUACGACGCGCAGCCGGAGGUGUGGCCGGAUGCGCGGGGCGCGCAUCACGUGCUGGCGCAAUUCAAGAGGAUGCCGGAAAUGGAACAGUGUAAGAAGAUGAUGAACCAGGAGGGAUUCAUCCGCGGCCGGAUAUCGAAGGCGGCGGAUCAGCUGAAGAAGGUGCAAAAGGAAAAUCGGGAGAAGGAGAUCACGCACCUCAUGUUCCAGUGCCUCACCGGGAAGGCCCUCCAGGGGCUGCCAUUGCCGGACCUCAAUGAUCUCGGUUGGCUCAUUGAUCAGAACUUGAAGGAGAUUUGUAAGAGGAUUGACGGGCUGAAGAAGACGGCGGCUGAUGCGGCCGUGGUGGAGGCUGCGGUGGGGAAUGUGGCGGCGGCUCAGAGGCGGGAGAAUUGGUUUGGGGAUUGGAUUGCGAAUCCGGUGGGGGAUACUGAUCGACAGCAGAUUGGAAAUUGUUCUUUUGGUGCUGCGGCUGGCGGCGGAAGCGGAAGUAGUGGCGGCGGUGGCGGUGCGGAUGAGAUGUUGAUGGCGGGGUUUAAUGAUGGGAAUGGUCAUGGAUCGAUGUGGUCGAGUGUGUUCUUCCCUUGA